AUGAUAGAACUGACAGUUCCCUGGGAGGAGCGUAUAGAGGAGGCGAACGAGCGGAAGUACCAGGAGCUCGUCGAGCAAUGCCAGAGAGGAGGCUGUAAGGCACACUGUGAGCCCAUUGAAGUGGGGUGUCGAGGCUUUGCGGGCCGCUCACGAUGCAAGGUGCUCACAGUUCUGGGCAUCACAGGUGCUGAGAAGAGGAAGGCCAUCAAGACCACCAUGGAGGCAGCAGAGAGAGCUUCUCCAUGGCUAUGGAUCAGGAGGAGCGAUCUGUGGGCCAAUGCUACUGGGACACAAGCCAAGAGAUAUAGACUGGUGCUGAUCGGCGACUCGGGCGUGGGCAAGAGCAACCUGCUUUCACGCUUCACCCGCAACGAGUUCAACCUGGAGAGCAAAAGCACCAUUGGCGUGGAGUUCGCCACGCGCAGCAUCCAAGUGGAGGGCAAGACUAUCAAGGCGCAAAUCUGGGACACUGCUGGACAGGAGCGAUACCGAGCCAUCACUUCCGCGUACUACCGCGGAGCAGUAGGAGCACUCCUGGUGUACGACAUCGCCAAGCACCUGACGUAUGAAAACGCCGAGCGCUGGCUGAAGGAGCUGCAAGACCACGCCGACUGUAACAUCGUCAUCAUGCUGGUGGGCAACAAAAGCGACCUGCGACACCUCCGGGCCGUGCCGACCGACGAAGCGAAGGCCUUUGCGGAAAAGCACGGAUUGUCGUUUUUGGAGACGUCGGCGUUAGACUCGUCUAAUGUAGAGCUGGCCUUCCAAACCAUUCUUACAGCCAUUUACAACAUCGUGUCACAGCGGCAGAUGUCGGGCCGCAGCGACUCGGACUUCUCGCCCGCUUCCAACGUGGUUCCCAUCACGGUAGAGCCCACCCAGAACUCGUCCAACAAGGGCAUGUGCUGCCAGAACAACUGA